AUGGCGAGUACAGCACCUUUAGUAUGGCUCAUUACUGGAUGCUCAUCUGGCUUUGGCUUCCAGCUCUGUUUAGUAGCACUAAAAGCUGGUCAUAAAGUCAUUGCUACAUCUCGCAACCCAUCCAAGAAUUUGGAUCUUGUCCAACAAAUCGAGAAGCUGGGGGGUACAUGGUUAGCCCUUGACGUCAAUUCCGGGGAAGCAGAGAUCAACCAAUUGGUUGAGAUGGGCUGUGAGAUUUACGGAAAGAUCGACAUUCUAGUCAACAAUGCCGGAGUGGGGAUGGUGGGGGCAAUGGAAGAUACGAGGCAUGGCUAUGACUGUUGUCUUUAA